UUAUUGACUUUGGACUGAUUUUCAAAGAUGGAGCAGCCCAAGUUCAUGGUUGUGGUUGGUUUUGAUUUCUAAACAACAGUACACACAAUUAUACAUAUAGUACUAGUAUAUCUUUGGGGGCGGGCAAAAAUUGGAGAUGAAGACAUUCCAGAGUUUGGAAUUCAUGAAUUGCAAGCUGUACAACGGUUUAACGUUUUGCAACACUUGGCAACGGGAAAGCUCUGCAUGCAAGAAGAACACGAACAAGCCAAAAAUGGAGAAACACGAAAAACGUGAACUAAAGCAACAUAAAGCUGUUGUUUUAAUUUUGUUACUGCUGUUGAGCAAAUCGAAAACGAGAAGAAGCAGACUGCAGUUACUUAGCGUUCUCGAAAAUGGAGAGACCGACAAGCAGCUCGGCGAAGGUGCAGAACGCCGGCACGGCGUCGAUGCUGGUGGCGACGGUGGCCGAUUUGAUGUCUCUGUGUAUGCAGACUGGUCACCUAAAUAAUCUUUCAGUGUUCAGCGACCUCUGCCUCUCUUUAGCCAAAGGCAUUGAUCAUGCAGUGGCUAACAACGAGGUCCCCUUAAGAUCACAUGAGCUACCAUCACUCUUAAAACAGGUGUACAAGUAUAGGAAUGACUUUUCCCUCCAAGACGCUUCUAUGGUGUUACUGAUGUCUGUCAAGAGUGCCUGCAAGGUUGGGUGGUUUCAUAAUGAAGAUACCAAUGAUCUGCUUAAACUUAUCCAGGAGGUUAGCAGAUACUUCUCCAGUGCUGAAGAUAUUGGUGUUGACCCCAGCUACGUCCACCCUUAUGUUUCAAAAGUAUUAAGAAGAUUCUCUCCAAAGCUGAAGAUGGACAGGAUAGUAGCUGCUUUUCAAAUCAAGCCUGGAUUUGGAGCUUUUCAUGCUGAUUUCCACAUUUUAAGGGGAAUGGUCACUCCAGGGAAGGACGAAAUAUCUUUACUUGUAACAAACGUUGACAACAUGGAGGCAGCAUCCUGCAUCAUUGCUCCACCAGAAACAACCUUUCUUUUAAAUGGAAAACGGCUGGAGGAGACGACUAAGGUGUCCAUAGACAGUAUGCAGCAGCUUCCCACCAACAUCACUAAAAUGCUCAAAUAUGGUGUGAAUGUUCUACAAGUCGUUGGACAACUUAAUGGUCAUUAUAUUGCUGUAAUUGGCAUAAUGAGCUUACUACCAUCUUUAGAGUCUCAUGGGAUAAAAGAUUGUGGUAGACCUCUUCCUUUAGCUUGUUCAGAUCUGGAAAUUGUUGAGAACUCAUCAAGAAUCUCGCUUAAUUGGCCCAUCAGCAAUUCUUGCCAGGUCUUGAAUGAGGUAGCCAACGAGGUUGUUCCUGGAGUCGCAUCCGCAAAUGGAUCCUGGAAACCAAUUGUACAAGACAAAAGUGUCUCAAGUCAAACAUACAGCAAAAGCCAAUACAUUGAGCAACUACGGCAUGAAAGUAAAUACAGCCUGAGCGCUGCAACAUUGGAUAAAAUUCAAAUGCCAAAGCCUAGGAUACUUGUGCAUGCUUCUGUUCCAGUUACAUCAGUGAAAACAAAUGCCCCGGCAGGCUACAGUCAACAACCUCGAAGAACCUUUCUGGCGCCAUCUUGUCUUGCAACAACUGAAGAAAGCUCAGAAAUGUGUUCUGCCCAUGGUUAACCAGCUUAAUGAACAAAGGAUAGAUAGCUUAUUGGUACCAAGAACAAAUUACUGGAUUCCCUCCGGUACAACAAGGGAGGGGCAGCCUUAGUAGCAGACCCUAUUCGGCUAUAUUCCAACAAUUUAUGUUACUACACUGUGUGAUCGAUAGUAUCCUUUUCAUUCUGCGUGCUGUUUUCACUGCUUUAUUUAAUAUGAAGGUAUUCACCUACAAUAGAUAAAUUCCGUAUAA